AUGGGACGUUGUGGGAAAGAAUCUGAAACGUCCCUGCUGGGCUUCCCCUGCGUGGAGGACGCCCAGUGCCGGUCGCGUGUCAAGAACACCGCCUGCAUCCGCGGCGCCUGCCGCUGCAGUCUGGGCUUCUCCACAUACAAACGGCACGCCUGCCUCGCACCGGCAAAACUGAACGAGACCUGCCACACGCAGGACCAGUGCCAUCUUGGGACAAAAGGAAGCCAUUGCAAGUUCAUCAUCCCACGAGUUAUUGGCAGAUGUCAGUGUCCGAACGGCGCUAGCCUAGUGGGAGCAAAAUGCUUGAGAUCUGCUGCAAAGCUAGGCAGCCGCUGCCAGCUGCCCACCGAGUGCGGCUUGAUCGCGCACGCCCAGUGCGCCCAGCACCCGGACAAGCCCAGCACGUGCCGCUGCGCACCCGGCUUCACCGAGUCCAACGACCUCACCUUCUGCCGGCCGCUGUACAAAGAGGCGCCAGCGCUGCCGGCGGCGCUCGGUCAACCGUGCGUGGCGUCGGCCGCGUGUAGGGCGGCCGACCCAAACUCGCACUGCGAGGCCGGCCGGUGCCAGUGCGACCAGCCGUCGACCGAAUGCAGCGCCGACAACAUCGGCUGCUUCAACCACACCUUCCAGUGCCGCGCCACCGGUCGCUGCAUCAGCUGGUACUUCGUCUGCGACGGCCGCGACGACUGCGGCGACGGCUCUGACGAGCUGCUGUGCCGCCCGCCGCACGGGUGUCCGACGCUGACGCACGCCUGCGCCAGCGGCCAGUGCGUCAGCCGAGCGCGACUCUGCGACGGCGUGCGCCACUGCGACGACGGCAGCGACGAGCUGGGAUGCCGCCGCCCGGCCCGAGGGCUGGCCAAUCUGCUGGCGCCACACACCUGCCCAGCCGGCAGCCUGCAGUGCCGCUCCGGUGCCUGCCAGCCGGCCGCCACCUUCUGCAACGCCGUGCUCGACUGCGACGACGGCUCCGACGAGCCGCACGCCGCCUGCGUGCUGGGCAGCGUGCGCGACGGCGUGCCCUGCCCGUUCCGCUGCGACAGCGGACGCUGCCGCUCCACUGCCAUCCUGUGCACAGGCACCGACGGCUGCGGCGACGCCUCUGACGAGGCGCGCUGCCGCACCUGCAAGUGCCCAAGCUUCAAAGCAAGAGCUCGGAGCAGCAAACCAUACAAGUUCUAUGGAUGAAAGCUAGUUUCGUCGUGGUGAACAGUGCGAUGUGCAGAUGCUUGUGCGAACAUUUGCGGUGAUUUGUAGAGUGCGAGACCCUGAUCGGUCCUGAUCAGGUGGCUAAUCUGCGCAGUGUCACAAGGAUCCCGGCCACAUUUGUCACGUGGGAUCGCGUGCAAACUGGCUGCUACUAUACACACACAUAUGCACACACACAUCCGUCAGAUGGCGACAGACGCAUGCCGGCGUUGUUUGUUCAUGCCAUUAAUGACGUCAGGCAUUAGUGGACAGUGUUCAGCGAAGGCGAGCUGCUGCUGGCGUGAAAAGGAACCGGGUGUCUUCUGGAACCUGGCGCAGCCUUCGCCGUUGCCCUUAUUUUCCCGCCGUCUCGUAAUAAUCCUAGUCGAUGCCGAAUGUGUAGGGAGAGUUAAUGUGAUAUGUCAAUGCGUUUGACUAUGGUGUUCAGCAUGCUGAGGGCAAUCACUGCACAGAUGUCAACGAUCGUUGUUUUGGCUGGCUUCGAACGCGCUUCGACGCUGUGUCCUUGAAAGCGUGACAGAGAUAAUUAGCAAUUGCAUUCGAGCUCGGAAUCUGACACUUUUUGUAAUGUUUUUGCCAUAGUUGUCGUCAC